ACGUUGUCCUCCCUUUUUUGUUUGUUUUUUAAUGCGUAAACUCUAAAGCUGUUUACAUACUCAACAGUCAUGUUGACUAUUUAUUAGAUAUUCUGUUUGUGUGUUUGGUUGCGUAUUCUUCUGUACCCACAGGGAGGGAGGGGGAGAGAGAGAGGAGAAGAACAACAAUGGCUGGUGGGGGAUUCACAGAUGCAGGGACACUAAAAAGGGCUCACCUUUAUGAGUAUAGGAUUACUGGGUAUUUCGUAUUCUCUUGUAUUGUUGCAGCACUCGGUGGAUCUCUAUUUGGGUAUGAUCUUGGUGUGUCUGGUGGAGUCACUUCCAUGGAUGAUUUCACGAGGAAAUUCUUCCCAAAAAUUUACAGAAGGAAGCAGGCGCAUCUAAACGAAACCGACUACUGUAAAUAUGACAACCAGGUUCUUACUUUGUUCACGUCUUCCCUAUAUUUUUCAGCCCUUGUUUUCACAUUCGCGGCCUCUCACGUAACUAGAAGCAAAGGUCGAAGAGCCAGUAUACUUGUUGGAUCAGUCGCCUUCUUUAUAGGAGGAGUUGUUAAUGCAGCGGCAGUAAACAUUUUUAUGCUGAUCUUAGGAAGAGUCUUCCUUGGCAUAGGCAUUGGAUUUGCUAACCAAGCUGUUCCAUUAUAUCUUUCAGAAAUGGCUCCUUCAAAAAUUCGAGGAGCGGUAAACCAGUUAUUUCAAUUGACAACUUGUUUAGGGAUUCUGGUUGCUAACUUCAUAAAUUAUGGAACUGAAAAGAUUCAUCCUUGGGGAUGGAGGUUAUCUGUUGGCUUGGCUACUGUCCCGGCUACUUUGAUGUUUGUUGGGGGCCUUUUCCUUCCCGAGACCCCAAAUAGUCUUGUCGAACAAGGUAGAUUACAAGAGGGAAGAGAGGUACUGGAGAAAGUCAGAGGUACCAAAAAUGUUGAUGCGGAGUUUACUGAUCUGAUUGAAGCAAGCGAAGCAGCGAAAGCCAUAAAGCACCCAUUCAGGAAUCUACUCCAACGAAAGAAUCUUCCCCAGUUGAUUAUAGGAGCCUUAGGAAUCCCCGCAUUCCAACAACUUACUGGCAACAAUUCUAUACUCUUCUAUGCUCCUGUCAUAUUUCAGAGCUUAGGUUUUGGCGACAAUGCAUCUCUUUAUUCAUCUGCCAUAUCAAGUGGGGCACUUGUCGUUGGUGCACUUAUUUCAAUGGCUUUGGUGGACAAAUUUGGCAGAAGAGCUUUCUUCUUGGAAGCUGGUGCUGAGAUGGUAUUCUGUAUGGUCGCUGUGGGCAUAACUCUGGCACUGAAUUUUGGACAAGGAGAAACUCUCUCAAAAGGUAUUAGUAUCUUCCUUGUGAUUGCGAUAUUCUUAUUUGUCAUGGCUUUUGGAAGAUCCUGGGGUCCCCUUGGAUGGCUUGUCCCAAGUGAGCUUUUCCCGCUGGAGACGAGGUCAGCUGGGCAGAGUAUGGUGGUGUGUGUCAACAUGAUCUUCACGGCCUUGGUUGCUCAGUUUUUCCUUAUUUCACUCUGCCACCUUCGAUAUGGAAUUUUCCUGCUAUUUGCUUGCCUGAUUGUCAUCAUGAGCAUCUUCAUCUACUUCCUCUUGCCGGAGACAAAGCAAGUUCCGAUAGAGGAGGUAUACCUUCUUUGGGAGAAUCACUGGUUCUGGAAGAAAAUAAUUAGAAAUGGAGAUGAAAAUGGGUUAGAAAUGAAGUCAGGACAACAAGCUUAGAUUCUCUUCACAAAGGGAGGGACUACAUUUUUUCGUUUGCAACGUUCAAAUCUUCCAUUGGUUAAUCAGGGGGCUUUACACCAUUCCUAUAGAAAGCACCUGCAACAAAUUGUGGAUUCCGAGAGCUCAACAAAUAAGUCUCCAGAUAGUUUCAUUAAAUAACUCCUGUGAGACCAAGUAUUUUAGUUCUGUUUCUGAGCGAUCAGAUGAAGAAUUUUUCUUUUUUCGACCUUGUUCUUAAUAGUUUGUGGAAUUAUGAAUAACUAUCGCUUCUACUUUUGAAACUGAUUUUUGUGAUUCAAUGCGAAAUAGAUAGAAGCUUUGUAUUCAAGCUUGUAUCAGUAUGGUUUGAAAGUAAAAACUCUACAACUUGGUAGAGUCUGAAAUUAGCAUCCAACAGUUAGUUUUGGGUUUAGAUGCUAACGUCAGACUUUGUCUGGUUGCAGAGGCCAUCAAAAGUGGGGAUUUAGUCAAAUUGCUGUUAAUCU